AUGGCUUCUUUUGAAUUACUUAUAGUUGCUUUGAAUGAUACGAACAUAAAUAUUGCUGCUUUCUUUCAUCGAAAUAAUAUCCCCUUUGCCUACUUAAACUUCGAUACAUGCUUACAACUUCUGGUUGUCGCUCACGGCCACAGGCCACAAACAAGCUUACUCGAGCAGUUCAGUCAGGUCAAACUCGACCCUAAUCCAGGCCAGGAACACGCAGGUCUUAGGGUCAUGGGGAUGAACGCUGAAGACUCUAGACACGGGACCCAACCCGCCUCGUUUGAGUCACCGGGAAAGGCACACAUACCAGAAGGAACAAGCAUGUUGGAGCAGUACAUCCCGCGUGUUCAGAUUGCGGCGAUGACUUUUCCUACGUCUACGGCAUUUUCCGACGUCUACGGCAUGCGUGUUUCAAAAUACACCUGCAAUCAGGCGGGUAGUAUGUCAAGAAGGUCAGGGGUGCCCAGGGGAAGAUCAUGUGGGGAAGAUCAGGAUGAGGCUGUAGGAAAAGACUGCAAAGCAGGCGAAGUGCUAGAUGAAGCAUUUACAAUUUGA